AUGUGUGGAGUGGGUGAGUGUGUGUGCCAAUUACGGAUGAACACACCUGAAGUAGGCGUGGCGAAUAGACCACGCCUACGUCAAGGUCAAACUGAUCGCAUCGUUGAAGACGACCGAAGAGAGCGCAUAUCAACGAUGAUCGCGACAAAAGGUUACGGUAUUACUGGAUUAUCGAUCGGAGAUGGAUCGAUAGUGAUAAGAGGAGAAGGAUUCUGCAAGUGGCUGGGCUGA